GAGCGAGUCAGAGAGCGAGCGGGGGAGAGAGAGCAAAAGCGAGAAGCACACAUUGCUUCCCCAUUGCAGCUGUGAGAGGCAGGGAGAGAGGAGAGCUCUCAUCUGAUCAGCAGUAGUAACAAUACAGGGCUACAUACAUACUUGGCUGAAAGAUCAAUACAGUCGGCAAAAGAUGCUAGGAGAGUGAGAGAGAAGCCUCUUGGAGAUCAGUGUACAGCGAGAGAAAGGGACCGGCACCAGAGGGAAGAGAGAGAUAAAGCGAGGGAAAUUGGGUGCAAGAUUAGACAUCGAACACAGGAGAACCAGCGCUUGAAUUUAGGAUCCUAUCGGAAGUCUGCCGGUAAGCACGGUGGUGUCAGGAGAGCCCUAUCUCUAGGUACGAGGCUCUAACACCGUGGUGGUUCACCAUGAGCCCUGUACGAGGCUGGCUGCUGGGCCAGGUUCUACUCCUCCUGGGGACCCAGGCUGCUCUAUCCCCGUCCGGCGAGGAGGGGAAGCUGGUCCGGACCAUCAGGGUCAGACGACAGGCACCUUCAGAUGGCCCCACCAGCCAAUCUAACAACCAGACCAUCAAGGAGCAGCCAAUGGUCUUCAACCAUGUGUACAACAUCAACGUGCCCCUAGAGUCUCUGUGCUCAGUGGAUCUGGACUCAGCAGUGCCUCUACCUAGCCAGGCCACCAGAGGGGCUGUGUCCAGAGGGGCUGUGUCCAGUGGGGCUGUGUCCAGUGGGGUUGGGGAGGGCGCCACGGAGUUCACAGAGCAGACAGUGGACGCAGACAGCCAGGUCACCUUCACCCACCGCAUCAACAUCCCCAAACAGGCCUGCGCCUGUCCUACAGCCAACAUCGUGCAGCAGCUGGCCACCCGCAUCGAGAUGCUGGAGAGAGAGGUGUUGCUGCUGAGAGCCCAGUGCAGCUCUGGCAACUGUGGCUGUGGGGAGAGUUCAGCCAUGGGUCACCUGGACUUUAUUCCCCCGUGCAGUGGUCAUGGCAGCUUCAAAAUGGACCUGUGUGGCUGUGUGUGUGAGGACGGCUGGACGGGCAAGAACUGCUCUGAGCCGCGCUGCCCAGACAACUGUUCCGGACAGGGAGUGUGUAUGGAGGGUGAGUGUGUGUGUGACCGUGACUUCGGGGGGGACAACUGCUCAGAGCCCCGCUGCCCGGCGGACUGCUCCGGUCGAGGGCUGUGCAUGGAUGGGGAGUGUAUCUGUGAGGAGAACUUCACUGGAGAGGACUGUACACUGGGUCGCUGCCUCAAUGACUGUUCUGACCAGGGCCUGUGCACCAACGGAACCUGCCAGUGUCGCCCGGGAUACGUAGGAGAAGACUGCUCCUUGGCCUACUGCGCCAACAACUGUAGUCAGAAGGGCAUUUGUAAAGAAGGCUUCUGUGUCUGCCAAGAUGGCUUCGCUGGAGAAGACUGCUCUGCAGUGGCUCCGGCUCUGAACCUGCGCAUGCGGGGAGUGACGGAGCAUACCAUUGACCUGGAGUGGGAGGGGUCAGUGUUGAUGACAGACUACCUGGUCACCUACGUGGCCACCAGCCCAGGUGGGGUCCAGCUGGAGAUCAGGAUCCCUGGGAACACCACCACCUGCAGUAUCCCAGACCUGGAGCCUGGCAUCGAGUACAACAUCAACGUCUACGCUGUGCUCAACAACGUCAUCAGUGCCCCUACCAACAUUCAGGUGUCAACCUAUCUCUCAAAUCCAGACGGUUUACUCUUCAAAUCCAUCACAGAGACGUCAGUGGAGGUGCAGUGGCAACCUUUCUACUACUCCUUUGAUGGCUGGGAAAUAAGCUUCAUUCCCAAGGACAAUGAUGGAGGGAUGACAGCCCAGCUACCUAGCACCAUCACUUCGUUCCACCAGACAGGCCUGAGGCCAGGGGAGGAGUACACCGUCAACCUGGUAGCUCUGAGGGACCAAGGCCGCAGCCAGCCUGUAUCCGCCACCGUCACCACAUUGAUUGAUGGGCCAACACAGUUGAUAGUGCGUGAUGUCUCGGACUCGGUGGCCUUCGUGGAGUGGACCAAUCCCAAGGCCAAGAUGGACCAGAUAGUGCUGCGUUAUGGCCUGGUAGGAGGGGACAGUCCCAAGACUACUUUCCGUCUGCAGCCCACCCUCAGCCAGUACUCCCUGCAGAUGCUGAGGCCAGGCUCGCGCUAUGAGGUGUCCAUCAGUGGUGUUCGCAAGGGCAAUGAGAGUGGAACAAUCUCCACAGAAUUCAGCACCGUUCUGGUGUUCCUCUCAGAGAUCGACGCGCCCAAGAACUUGCGAGUGCUGUCCAAGUUCUCCACCACCCUGGAGCUGGAGUGGGACAACAGCGAGGCGGAGGUAGAGGGGUACCAGGUGGUCUACAGCACCCUAGCAGGGGACCAAUACGAAAAAGUCAUUGUCCCACUCAACGAUGGACCCACCAGCAAGACCACACUCACAAACUUGUUGCCAGGUACAGAGUAUGGCAUUGGCAUAUCGGCUAUGCUUGGCACCAACCAGAGUUUUCCUGCCACAAUGAACGCCAGAACUGGUCUAGAUGUCCCCAUGGACCUAACUGUGACAGCGUCCACAGACAACACCAUCACCCUGCUGUGGGGGGUGGUCCAGGGGCCUAUUGACCACUACAUGGUCACCUACACCUCCUCAUCUGGCCUGACCACGGAGGUGACCAUCCCCAAGGACGUGACCACCACCACGCUCAAUGACCUGGAGCCAGGCACAGAAUACACCAUCACUGUAGCUGCCCAGAGGGGAAGGCAGCAAAGCACUGCAGCCACCAUCGAUGGCUUCACAGGAAUGGAUCCACCUAAAGAGAUGACUGUGUCAUAUGCCACUGAAGACUCCGUCAUCAUAUCAUGGUUGAGACCAUUUGCUCCCUUCGACUACUACAAGAUGUCCUAUCAAUCAGCAAGAGGGACAGUGGACAGCGUGGUAAUUGACAAUGACGUCACUAACUACACCCUGUCCAGCCUCCACCCAGCAACAGAGUAUGAGAUCAACCUGAACGUUGUGCGAGGCAGCCAGGAGAGCAAGUCCAUCACCACCAGUGUCUUCACAGCGAUGGACAUGCCAAUGGAACUAACAGCCCUCAACAUUACCCCACAAGGAGCUUUACUCCGGUGGAACCCUCCUCUGUCCAGCGUUGACAACUACGUGUUCACCCUCACCUGCUACCAGGUGACAGCUAAUACCUUCCUGGUGGAAGGUGUGAAACAGGAGCACCAGCUUAGUAAACUCAAGCCCAGCACCACUUACUCUGUAGCCCUCUACGCCACCAAGGGACCCUUGACCAGUGGAACCGUCAUCGCCAACUUUGAAACACCCAUGGACGCUCCUCUGAACCUGACGGCUAGCGAGGUGAACCACCGCAGUGCCCUCAUCUCCUGGCAACCGCCCAUCGCAGACAUCGACAACUACAUGCUCACAUACAAGUCAGUGGACGGCAACAGAAAGGAGCUGAUCCUGGAUGCCGAGGACACUUGGAUCCGUCUGGAGGGGCUGGCAGAAACCACAGAAUACACUGUGAGGUUGCAGGCUGCCAGGGGAUUAGAGACCAGCGGAAUCGUCUCUACGGCCUUCACAACAGGAAAUCGUCUGUUUGCCACCCCCCAGAACUGUGCCCAGCAUCUGUUGAACGGGGAGUCCCUCAAUGGCGUCUACACCAUCUACAUCAACAGAGAUGCCAAUCAGGGAGUGCAGGUCUACUGUGAUAUGACCACAGAUGAAGGAGGCUGGAUCGUGUUCCAACGUCGUCAGAACGGCCUGACAGACUUCUCCAGGAAGUGGAGUGACUACAGGGUCGGCUUUGGAAACCUAGAGGAUGAAUUCUGGCUCGGUUUGGACAACAUACAGAAGCUCUCAGCUCAAGGUCGCUAUGAGCUCCGGAUCGACAUGAAGGAUGGCCAGGAGUCUGUCUACGCCAGCUAUGACAAGUUCGCCAUUGGAGACGUCAGGAAUCUGUACAAACUCAGGAUAGGAGAGUACAAUGGCACAGCUGGGGACUCGCUGAGCUAUCACCAAGGCCGUCCCUUCUCCACCAAGGACAGAGACAAUGACAUCGCCGUGACCAACUGUGCUCUCUCCUACAAAGGAGCCUGGUGGUACAAAAAUUGCCAUCGGGCCAACCUGAACGGGAAAUACGGCGAGUCGAGACACAGUCAGGGUAUCAACUGGUACCACUGGAAGGGCCAUGAGUUCUCUGUCCCCUUUGUGGAGAUGAAAAUGAGGCCGUUCAACUACCGCAGCAUCAGUGGCAAGCGAAGGAGGUCCACUCCUCCAGAAUAAACCCCUACACCUUACCCCUCAACCCCAAUCCAGCUUGCUGUUCCUACUUUUACAUAAGGCUGAAAGACAAAAGGAGGAGCUAUGCAAUUUAUACAAAAUUUGAAUGACAAUGGUUCUGUUAGCUAGCCUAGAUAUCCAGACUGAACUCAGCUCUGUUUCAUGUUUGUUUCACAAUCCAUUCAGUCUGGAUGUUAAGGCUAUCUAUUUGCUCAAAUUGGGGGGUAAACCAUAAGGUUUUUGUGUUUAGUUAUUUGCCCUGUCCUGGAAGGUGAAGAGAUGAACUCAGAGUAGCUGUCAUGAUCUUCUCUCUAUCUAUACAAUAUAAGUACAUGAGAGCUAGGAUUAUUUUCCCCGUUAAAAAAAAGUAAUUUUAACAAAAUUCUAUAUGCCCGUAAACAAGUAAGAUAUCUCUAUUUUUAUAACUGAUAUUGUAACAAAGUUAAUUUAUUACAUGAUAUAAUUUGAUGCCUUGUUAUUGAUAUUUUUUAUUGAAAUAGCAACCCUCCAUGAGUUUCAUAGUCAAAUGCCUGCAUGGAGAAAUUCAUUGGACAUUGACAAAACAUUGGCACUCAUAAUGAGCCAAUCAGCAUUAGCAAUCACCAAGCUACACACCAGCCUGUAGCAGUGGAUUCAACAUCAGCUAUUGAUUUAUUUAUUUAUGUCCAUUUGUCCAAUUUGGUUUUGAAUAUACAAUAAAAUCCCAAAUCCACACCCUUGUUGGAAUGGAAGAAACAGGAUCAUCAAACAAUAGCUGCUCAACUUGAAAUGUAUAGGCCUAGACUCCAGUGCCCAUUUAGUAAGAAAAUAACAGUGAGCAAGUUAUUUGCGCUGAGGUAAUACAUAGUAUGACCAUUGUCAUUCAAUACUUGUCUUUACACUGCCCUGCAUAACUCAAAUAUAUAACAUUGUUGACCAAUAUUCACAUACGGUAUUCUCCAUGAGGAGAUUCCAACUGAAGAUCCUGUUUAGGAAUUAGCACUCUCAAAUGUUUCCCCGCUAUGUUACUUGCAUUGAUGGUGCUAAUAGUUCUGACAUGAAACCAAAGAUUUGCUGAAGAGAAAAUGCGCUGUCGACAGAGUUCUCUUUCUUUGUAGCCUCAUCAUCACCUUAGCAGAUGUUUUUGUGAUCCUCGGUUUUAGGCCCAGCAACAAUUCUCAUGGUUACUUUGUGAACAUUAGUUCUUUGUCAGUAUUUUAGCAAAUUAUUUGAAAUUGAUAAGCUCAUUUACUGUAUGUUGGUGUUCGAUAGUCAUCCUGUACGUUAUACAAUCCUCCUGUCUCACCCGUAUUUAAUGUUUAACUAUGUUAUGCCACCAGUGCAAGUAACACUUGGCCUGCUGUAGAGAACCCCUCAUGUCCUCGAUGUACAUUUGAUGGAUACACUGUAAUCCUACUUAUCCAAUACUUUUCAUCAAAUCGUUUAACUGUAUUGUUCUCCUUAGUUGUUUUUAUUGACUAAUUGACAAAUAUUUUCAUUCAGAUAUGGCUUAAAUACCCUCACCCAAUCUCUACAAACUGUAACAACCACACAGUGGGUCAUAAUCAUUUUGUACAUUUUAUGUCGUUCAUUGUCCUUUAGACUUGAUGACUUGAAACAAUGGUGAUUCUCCAUCCUAUAGACUACUGGUACUAAUAUAUCCAUAUAAGAAUUAGGAGGAGGAGACAUAUUUCAGUAUUUACCCUUGUAGAUGCAGAGUAAUAUAGAAGCAUUAAGAAACGCUGAUACUACUUCCCCUAUUGUUCUAACCAUAGUUGUUAACACAGACUUGUUUUGAAAAGGGGUGAGCCUACUGCAUGCUAACAAUCAUGAUCAACACCUCCAUGGUAACAACAAACGUGUCAUCAGAAUCUGCAUCGUUGGGAAGGGCUCUUAAGCAAGCAUUUCACAGUAAAUGCCAUACCCUUUGUAUUCAGCGCAUGUGACAAAUAAAAUGUGAUUUGAUUUUGAUUUACUUUUGAAUUUAAAUGUAGAAAUUCUCCUCUGAAUUCUGCUUGUCAAGUGACUGUUUCAGAUCUGUUAAUGCAAUGCAUCUCCCAGAGCAAGACAUAGUGUUUUCUUUCUUACUAGAAUAGGAUGUGUACUUAUUUCUUAACUACUUAGACUAACUUUGCUUCAUGGCACUUUGUGCAAGGAAUGAGAGUGAUGAAGCUCUGUAGAUAACAGAUGGAAUGUAUGUAACAUAAGAGAUAUCACUUUUGUCGAACGCUGGUGUGCCCGAAUUGUAAUCCAAAUGCUUACUCCUGCUCUCUUUCACAGAAAUCUGAAAUGAAUGAAUUGUCAAUCAAUUAAUCAGAAUGACACAGUCUUAUUUUGCAAAGCCUCAAGCUUAGUCAAGUGAAGUGUUCUGAUUAUCCAGAAGAUUAUCCAGAAGUUGAUGCAGGACUAUUCCAAGCUGUAGGACAGGUAUACUGUAGUUCUUAUUUAUGUUAUGAUUCCAGUAACUUAACCUUUUCCUUCACACCCCUGGUUUAGCAGGGCUGUGUGCAAUGUCCACACACAUUAAGCUAGUUGUCACUAUUUAAACCCCCAGAAUCUCUUCCAAGAAUUCAAGUUGAGGUCUGAGCUGGAAAAGUAUUUAAAAUGCAGUGAUUAAAUACUCUUACCUGUUUUGAUAUGGUUUCAGGGGAGCCUAAAGAGAGAAUAUCUACAAAGAACUAGAAUUUUGGUUGAAAGGUAUUAGAGUAUUAAGAUACUGUUAUCUUGUGUUUGGCUUACGAUGUAAAAGCACAUCUAACUAUUGAAGGGAACCUCAAGUGCAAAUGCAUGUAAUCAAUGGUGGCUGAGAAAAUGCUGAGUGCUAAAGAUUAUAAACAGAUUGAGGGAUACCGAGGAGGAAAAUAAAUGCUCACUAAAAAUGUAUUGUCUGUAAGAAAGGUAAUAUAAUCUCAAUAUGCUGAAUAUAAAGUUGUUUAAUCAUGCCUUUACACUCCAGGACAACACUUUGCACAUGCACUAAAUUGUCAAAAGUAUGUGGACACCCCUUCAAAUGAGUGGAUUCAGCUACUUCAGCCACACCCAUUGCUGACAGGUGUAUACAAUCGAGCACACAGCCAUGCAAUCUCCAUAGACAAACAUUGGCUGUACAAUGUCCCGUACUGAAGAUCUCAGUGACUUUCAACUUGGCACCAACAAGUCAGUUUGUCAAAUCUCUGCCUUGCUACAGCUGCCCCGGUCAACUGUAAGUGCUGUUAUUGUGAAGUGGAAACGUCUAGGAGCAAUAACGACUCAGCUGCAAAGUGGUAGGCCAUACAAGCUUACAGAACAGGACCACCAAGUGCUGAAGCGCAUAGCGUGUAAAAAUUGUUCAACCUUCCAAAUUGUUCAACCUUCCAAACUGCCUCCGGAAGCGACGUCAGCACAGCUUCAGCACAACUUCAUGAAAUGGGUUUCCGUGGCCGAGCAGCCGCACACAAGCCUAAGAUCACCAUGCGCAAUGCCAAGUGUCAGCUGGAGUGGUGUACAGUUCGCCACCAUUGGACUCUGGAUCAGUGGAAUGCGUUCUAUGGAGUGAUAAAUUAGGCUUCACCAUCUGGUAGUCCGACGGGCAAUUCUGGGUUUGGCAGAUGCCAUGAGAACGCUCCCUGUCUGACUGCAUAGUGACAACUGUAAAGUUUUGUGGAUGAGGAAUAACGAUCUGGGGCUGUUUUUCAUGGUUCAGGCUAGGCCCUUUAGUUCCAGUAAAGGGAAAUCUUAACGCCACAGCAUGCAAUGACAUUCUAGACAAUUCUGUGCUCCGAAAUUUGUGGCAACAGUUUGGGGAAGGCUCUUUCCUGUUUCAGCAUGAUUUCAGGUCUAUACAGAAAUGGUUUGUCGAGAUUGUUGUGGAAGAACUUGACUGGAACUGCACAGAGCCCUGACCUUAAACCUUCGGGAUUAAUUUGAACGCAGACUGCAAAUAAGGCCUAAUCGACCAACAUCAGUGCCCGACUUCUGUAAUGCUAUUGUGGCUGAAUGGAAGCAAGUCCCUGCAGCAAUGUUCCGACAUCUAACGGAAAGCCUUCACAGAAGAAUGAAGGCUGUUAGAGCAGCAAAGGGGGACCAACUUCAUAUUAAUGCCCAUGAUUUUGAAACGAUAUGUUUGACAAGCAAGUGUCCAUAUACUUUUGGCCAUGUAGUGUACGUAACAGGAUUAUUUGCGAUGCUGGAACUAAUUCCAUAAACUGUGGAAACUGAACCGUGUAAAUAAAGUAUACCUCUACCAGGCAUUGUCAGACCUCUACUAGACAGCAACUGUGAAGCAGAAUAAUAGACAGUACCAUUCAAAAGUUUGGACACACCUACUCAUUCCAGGGUUUUCUUUAUUUAUCCUAUUUUUUACAUUUUAGAAUAAUAGUGAAGACAUCAAAACUAUUUUAAAAAACAUAUACGGAAUCAUGUAGUAACCAAUUUUGGGGGGAGAUACUUCAAAGUAGCCACCCUGAGCAUGGAUUACACCUUUGCACACUCUUGGCAUUCUCUCAACCAGCUUCACCUGGAAUGCUUUACCAACAGUCUUGAUGGAGUUUCCACGUAUAAUGAGCACUUAUUUGCUGCUUUUCCUUCACUUUGUGGCCCAACUCAUCCCAAACCAUCUCAAUUGGGUAGAGGUCAGGUGAUUAUGGAGGCCAGGUCAUUUGAUGUAGCACUCCAUCCUUCUUGUUCAAGUAGCCCUUAAACAGCAUGGAGGUGUGAUGGGUCAUUGUCCUGUUGAAAAACAAAUGAUAGUCACACUAAGUGCAAACCAGAUGGGAUGGUGUAUCACUGCAGAAUGCUGUGGUAGACAUGCUGGUUAUGUGUGCCUUGAAUUCUAAAUAAAUCACUGACGGUGUCACAGCAAAGCACCCCCCCACACCAUCACACCUCACCCUCCAUGCUUCAUGGUGGGAACCAUACAUGCAGAGAUCAUCCGUUCACCUACUCUGGGUCUCACAAAGACACGACGGUUGGGACCAAAAAUCAGACCAUAGGACAGAUUUCCACCGGUCUAAUGUCCAUUGCUAGUGUUUCUUGGCCCAAUCAAGUCUAUUCUUCUUUUUGGUGUCCUUUACUAGUGGUUACUUUUCAGCAAUUUGACCAUGAAGGCCUGUUUCACACAGUUUCCUCUGAACAGUUGAUGUUGAGAUGUGUCUGUUGCUUGAACUCUGUGAAGCACUUAUUUGGGCUGCAAUUUCUGAGGCUGGUUACUGGUAACUUAUCCCCUGCAGCCGAGGUAACUCUGGGUCUUCCUUUCCUGUGUCGGUCCUCAUGAGAGCCAGUUUAUCAUAGCGCUUGAUGGUUUUUGCGACUGCACUUGAAGAAACUUUCAACGUUCUUGAAAUUAUCCAGAUUGAUUGAACUUCAUGUCUGAAAGUAAUGAUGGACUGUCAUUUCUCUUUGCUUUUUUUUUGUUCCUGCAAUGAUAUUGACUUGGUCUUUUACCAAUUAGGGCUAUCUUCUGUAUACCACCCCUACCUUGCCACAACACAACUGAUUGACUCAAACGCAUUUCAGAAGGAAAGAAAAUCCACAAAUUAACUUUUAACAAGGCACACCUUUUCAUUGAAAUGCUUUCCAGGCAACUACUUCAUGAUACUGGUUGAGAGAAUGCCAAGCGUGUGCAAAGCUGUAAUCAAGGCAAAGAGUGGCUAGUUUGAAGAAUAUAAAUGUAAAAUAUAUUUUGAUUUGUUUAACACCUUUUUUGGUUAUUUAAUGAUUCCCAUAUGUGUUAUUUCAUAGUUUUGCUGUCUUCAAUAUUAUCUUACAAUGUUUUGACUGGAACUGUAAAGAUGUUUUUAUUUGAUUUAACUAGGCAAGUCAGUUAAGAACAAAUUCUUAUUUUGGCCUAACCCAGUUAGGGUUAGGGUUUGGCCUAACCCGGAGGACGCUAAGCAAAUUGUGCGCCACCCUAUGGGACUCUCAAUCACAGCUGGUUGUGAUACAGCCCAGGAUCAAACCAGGGUUUGUAGUGACACCUCUAGCACUGAAAUGCAGUGCCUUAGUCCGCUGUGCAACUCGGGAAGAAUGUGGUUAAUUCUUACAUUUUUGGGGAAAAAAAUGUAUUUCCCCUUAGGGCCAACUCGAUCUGUCCUACUAUUGCUCCCAUGCCAUCACUUUCAUCAUAAAGGAGAAGGAAUAGUUCUGAUCAUAGAAAUAUAAUCACUAGAAUGGGUCUAACACACACCGUUGUGAUUCCAUUUCUAUGGUUCUGAUAAUAGGACUGCACAUAAUCAACCUCACAGAAAAGACUAAUGCUUUAGUCACAGUUUAUCACAGAGCCUAUGUAAAUUAAAUGACGGACAAUUGCAUGGCAGUAUAAAACUUCAUGCAGAUUAUGGGUGAAUUAUCUCAUCACUUUAGGAUGAUUAUAUCACUGACAGAAGAAGGAGCUAGAUUCAACUGAAGCAUUGGUUUAGAAUUUCCACUCACCAUCAAAUACAAAGGUCCAGUGGCGGGAAGUGGGAGAAAAUUGAGCUAGAAGAAACCUGGCCGACAUUCUGCUAAUUAUCGUUGCUCUCAAUACAGUUUUCUGCUCCCAAAACUAGAAUCUGUUACGAACAGAGUGCAAAUAAUGUGUUGGUAGUAGGAGUACAAGGGCGAAUUGAGUUAUUGCACACACGUACUUCACAGAGAAGGCGUUCCCUAACGGAAAUAUGCAAAUACAUGCUAAAAAGCACCAGUAGGAUCUCACUAGCUCGUGCUUGGCUCUGCCCACGUCCUUGCUUGUUCUGCCACAGUGCUUAAUUUGCUCCUAUUGGAAACAACGCCAAUUAGGUACCUUGGUUUGUUUACCCGUGUCUUUGAUUAUAUUGCCCUAGAAUCAGUGCUUAGUGCUCAGAAAUAUAGAUUUGACCUUUUUUGAUAUGCUGUCGGAAUAACAUUGCUGUUACUCUGUUAGUAGGCAUUCUAAAUGAAUGUUGUUGCCCUCUCUACCCAGGAGCUGAUGUAGGAGGAUGAGGACAAUAGUCAGAUUGGAACUGCAUCCCAAAUGGUACCCUAUUCCCUGACCAGGGUCAAAAGUAGUGCACUAUAUACAGAAUAGUGUGCCAUUUGGGAUGCAGUUAGAGUUUUGAAUGUGGCCUGAGGCCAAGUUAGCAUCUCGACCUUAAAGGAUUUAUGAGCGGUGACUUGUAUGAGAAGCUGCUCUUCUAUUUGAAUAGAUGAGAUAGUGUGAAGCGUCUUUCUCUGUUUUAUCUGGAACACACACAGCAGAUCUUUGUAUUUAUAUCUGAGAGAGGUCUGAAGAUUUUUCUGUCUCAGGAUGGGAGGGAAAUUAAGACUGCAUUUUUCUAACAAUGUCGAGGGCAGACUUUACUCUAUUAUUCAUUUGCAUAACAGAUGGUAGCAGCUCAUCUAGUGCUUCAGAAUGUUCCAUAUUUCCCCAUUACUUAACCAAUCACAGCUUCACAAUUUACUGGAACAACAACUCACACUGGCUCACUACUCAAACCCACAAUCUGUUCCUCUGUUGUGUGAUUUAAUCAGGCUUAGAGUAAGUGUGUGGAAUAUUUUCCGGUCAUUUAUUUAUAUUGUGGUAUUUAUGACUACUAGACACAGCUAUGUUAUUAAUUGUUCCAUUGAUGCAACACUGUUGUAUAGCUGAAAAGAGCCCCAAGGAAUGUUAAAAGGUGUACUUUACCUGUUUGGCUUAAGAUCCCAUGAAGAAUGUUGAUGAAGGUUGAGAACGUGGAAAAGCUACUUUGAUUAGUAUCUGGAUUGUGUUGUAUAAUCUUGGAUAUUACUGAUCAGAUUAGUUCUAGUUUGACUUAAAACAUGUACUGUAUAGUCAAUUUUGUAAUACAUUUUCUACAUAUUAAUAAAAUAUUCCAAUAGUCAA